UUGUGGGAAAGGACAAAGUCGAGCGGACCUGCAAAAAUGUAUAAAAAGUACUCUUGAAUUUUCAGCGUGAUGCAUUAACGAAGUAGUCAUUCCUCUUAUCCACAAAAAUGCAGCUUUUGCUUUUCUUCAGCGCACUCACAUCUAUCGUCAUUCUUGCUGCAGCGUCCCCCACGCCAGGAGCCAUCGUGGAACAUUCCUCUAAGCGAGAGGAACGUGUCACGAACCUCUUUCAACGUGAUGACCCAGAAGAGGACAAGAAGCGCGAGGAGCUGGAUUCCAACACCAUUAUUUAUGCGUGGUACGACGGGCCCGGGGGUGGUGAUCGUCGUGAAGAGAAACGCGAAGAGCUUGAGACCAACCUCGUGGAGUAGUUCUAGUACGAUGCCUUUCGAUCAGCAUUAAAUGUGGAGGAGAGUAUGAGGUGUCGUUGGCGCUAGUGUUAGAGAGCUCGGGAUUGUACGGUGCUCCCUUAAAUAGUUUGCUGUAGGAAUACGCUGAGUUGACCGUAUCAUGCCUACGGCAGAGAAUAGAAUACAAAG